UAUGCCAAAUCUGUUUAUUCCCACAGCGUUCAUACAACCAAUUUGCAUUCCGGCUGAUUUUGACCCGAAAACCCGGACUGCGUCGGAUGUCAACCCGCUGGCUUCGGCGACAGGCUAGGGGAAGACGGAGAAGCUUGACUCCUCCCCAGUGCUGCAGGAGAUCAAACUCCCCCUGGUGGACAUGCAGCGCUGCAACGCCUCCUACGCGGGCAUCCUAAAUGAUAAACAGAUAUGCGCUGGGGGAGUGAAGGGGGAGGACUCGUGCGAAGGAGACAGCGGGGGUCCUUUAGUGACCACGAGCAAGGACGGGGACAAGCACCUCCUCAUAGGACUCACGUCCUUCGGUGGUAUCCUAUGUGGCGGACACAACAGCUACGCAGUCUACACGGCCGUCCACAAGUACCGGGACUGGAUCAUCCAGACCCUCGCGGUAUAGGAUCUUGGGUGAGACCCUGGGUGUCCAAAGGGUACUAGGAUUUACCUAAGACAUGUGGUCAGACCCUGGGUGACUAAUUUCUUUGGUUUAACGCAGGAUUAUUGUCAGAUGUCAUACACUAGAUGUUCAGGGUAUCAAGUUUACCUUAGGAAGCUCAAAAAUUUAGCAGUUUGCCAUGCCGGGGGUUGAGUUCAGGUGCUCAGGCAGCUGGUACAAUAGAAUGAUCAUCGGCAUUAGCAGCAGGUACAGUGGUCUAUAAAUUGUAUUUAGAACUGGUACAAUAGCUUUGCAGCAGGACAGUAUUUUACAGGAUAACUAAAUUUAUGCAGGUUUAGGGUUUGAACGGAAAGAUUAGCGAAACUGAAAUAGUUUAUAAAUGUGCUUCACGAAUGUAACAAACAUAAAAUCCUACAGGAUCUGAGUAUAACCUUCACUGGUUAUUCGGAUAUAGCAGUAUAGAUCUAAUAAACAAUUUCCUGUAGUAAAGUAUCAUAGAAAUGAUACAGUAUCAACAUAAUAACGUGGAUAAUGAAACCACAAA